GGCUUAUGCAUUAGGAACCCCAAGUACAGUUUUUGACCUUUCGUUUUCCGGAUCUAGGGUUUCCCUCUGUGAUCAUCAUCAUCUUCCACGCGCACACCCAUCAUCAAACCCUAGCUACCACCGAAACAAUCGCAUUUCUCACGCGUAAAGAAACCUUUUGCCGGCCUCUGCGUCGGAGAUUCACGAUCCACACACCCCAGCCAGAGUCGCGAUUCGAUUUUUUGGAAUAUUAUUUUUUAUCUACCAUCACCUUCAAUCACGGAUCUAAAACUUUCUCCUGAAACAAAAUGCCCUAAUUUUCAUUUUUGUGUUAUUUUAUAUGUACAUUCCCUUUCUGGUAAUGCAAAAAUCAGACGAAUCUUUAAAGCGUUGUUGACACGGCCAUGAUGACGGUGAUGAUGAUGAUGUUGAUGAAUACUUUUUCCCUUACUUACACGGAAUCUUGACAGAAUUUUCAUAGACUUUUGUGUGUUGUGGUGAUUUGAUUUGAAGGAACAAAAAAAGAGAAUGUAUAAAUCGGUGGUGUACCAGGGGGAGUUGGUGUUGGGUGAGGUAGAGGUAUACCCGGAAGAGAACAACUACAAGAACUUCCAUUUGAAGGAAAUCAGAAUAAGCCACUUCUCGCAACCAAGUGAGAGGUGUCCCCCACUUGCUGUGCUUCACACUGUUACCUCAUGUGGUGUUUGCUUCAAAAUGGAGUCAAAGACUCAGCAGCAGGACGGCCUCUUUCAAUUGCACUCCUUGUGUAUCAGAGAGAACAAGACUGCUGUAAUUCCACUAGGUGGGGAAGAAAUACAUUUGGUUGCUAUGCAUUCACGAAAUGAUGAUAGACCAUGCUUUUGGGGAUUUAUUGUUGCUUUGGGACUUUAUGAUUCAUGCCUCGUUAUGCUAAAUCUUAGAUGUUUGGGUAUAGUGUUUGAUCUGGAUGAAACACUUAUCGUAGCAAACACAAUGCGGUCAUUUGAGGAUAGAAUUGAUGCACUCCAGAGAAAAAUAAAUUCUGAGGUAGAUCCACAACGAAUUUCUGGCAUGCAGGCAGAGGUCAAGCGGUACUUAGAUGAUAAGAAUAUAUUGAAGCAAUAUGCUGAAAAUGAUCAGGUUGUUGAUAAUGGGAGAGUGAUAAAAGUUCAAUCUGAGAUUGUCCCGGCAUUAUCUGACAAUCAUCAGCCUAUAGUUCGGCCACUUAUACGGUUACAUGAUAAGAACAUUAUUUUGACACGCAUCAAUCCACAGAUUCGAGAUACAAGUGUUCUUGUGAGGUUGAGACCUGCAUGGGAAGAUCUUCGGAGCUACCUGACUGCAAGAGGGCGCAAGCGUUUUGAGGUUUAUGUGUGCACGAUGGCUGAAAGGGACUAUGCACUAGAAAUGUGGAGACUUCUUGAUCCAGAUUCAAAUUUGAUAAAUUCUAAAGAACUGUUAGGUCGCAUUGUAUGUGUUAAGUCUGGUUUGAAGAAGUCAUUGUUUAAUGUCUUCCAAGAUGGUUUAUGCCAUCCAAAGAUGGCGUUGGUAAUUGAUGAUCGCUUGAAAGUGUGGGAUGAGAAGGAUCAACCUCGAGUGCAUGUUGUCCCUGCAUUUGCUCCAUAUUAUGCUCCUCAAGCGGAAGCAAGCAAUACUAUCCCUGUCCUGUGUGUUGCAAGAAAUGUUGCUUGCAAUGUUAGGGGUGGCUUCUUUAAAGAUUUUGAUGAUGGUCUUUUACAAAAGAUUCCUCAAGUUGCCUAUGAAGAUGAUAUCAAAGAUAUACCUACUCCUCCUGAUGUGAGCAAUUAUCUAGUCUCAGAGGAUGAUGGUUCUAGUGCCAUUUCCAAUGGAAACAGAGAUCCAUUCUUGCUUGAUGGCAUGGCAGAUGCUGAGGUAGAAAGAAAAUUGAAGGAUGCACUAUCAGCAGCUUCAACUAUACCUGUGACAACUGCUAACCUAGACCCCAGACUCACUUCUCUUCAGUACACAAUGUCUUCUGGUUCAGUUCCUCCUCCAACAGCACAGGCAUCUAUGAUGCCAUUUACCCAUGUACAGUUUCCUCAACCUGCAGCACUAGUAAAGCCAAUGGGUCAAGCUGCCCCUUCUGAAUCUAGCUUGCAUGGCUCUCCUGCCAGAGAAGAAGGUGAAGUACCUGAAUCAGAAUUAGAUCCAGAUACAAGGCGAAGGCUUCUCAUAUUGCAACAUGGACAAGAUACCAGGGAUCAUGCAUCCACUGAGCCUACGUACCCUAUCAGACAUCCCAUGCCAGUCUCUGCACCUCGUGUGUCAUCACGAGGGGGUUGGUUUCCUGCAGAAGAGGAUAUUGGUUCGCAGCCACUAAACCGGGUAGUAUCUAAGGAAUUUUCGGUAGAUUCUGGUCCAUUGGGUAUUGAAAAGCACCGGCCUCAUCAUCCAUCCUUUUUCUCUAAGGUUGAAAGUUCCAUUUCAUCUGAUAGAAUUCUCCAUGAUAGCCACCAAAGAUUACCAAAGGAGAUGUAUCAUAGAGAUGAUCGCCCAAGAUCAAACCAUAUGCUCUCAAGUUAUCGAUCUUUAUCUGGUGAUGAACUCCCUUUUAGUAGAUCAUCUUCCAGCCACAGGGAUCUUGACACUGAAUCUGGCAAUUCUGUUUUUCAUGCGGAUACUCCAGUUGUAGUGUUACAGGAAAUUGCACUGAAGUGUGGAACUAAGGUGGAAUUUAUGUCAUCUUUGGUUGCAAGUGCAGAACUACAGUUCUCCAUCGAGGCAUGGUUUUCUGGAAAAAAAAUUGGUCAUGGAUUUGGAAGAACUAGAAAGGAAGCCCAACAUAAGGCUGCUGAGGAUUCUAUCAAGCAUCUGGCGGAUAUAUAUUUGUCUAGUGCUAAGGAUGAGCCUGGUUCUACAUAUGGGGAUGUGGGUGGGUUUCCUAAUUCAAAUGACAAUGGUUACAUGGUUAUCGCCAGCUCUCUUAGUAAUCAGUCAUUGCCUAAAGAGGAUUCAGCUUCCUUUUUAACUGCAUCUGAUCCAUCAAGGGUUUUAGAUCCUAGGUUGGAGGUCUCUAAGAGGCCAAUGGGUUCAAUCUCUGCCCUAAAAGAAUUGUGCAUGAUCGAGGGUCUUGGUGUCAAUUUUCUAUCUGCACCUGCUCCAGUGUCAACAAAUUCACUUCAGAAAGACGAAGUACAUGCACAGGUCGAAAUAGAUGGCAAGGUCUUUGGUAAAGGUAUCGGAUUAACAUGGGAUGAAGCUAAAAUGCAGGCUGCCGAGAAGGCACUAGGAAGUCUAAGGUCAAAGCUUGGCCAAAGCAUUCAGAAACGUCAGAGCUCUCCCAGGUCACAUCAAGGAUUUUCAAAUAAACGUUUGAAGCAAGAAUACCCUAGAACAAUGCAGCGGAUUCCCUCUUCAACUCGAUAUCCCAGGAAUGCUCCACCAAUUCCUUGAAAAGAGUACUGGACUUAGAUCCUGAUAUGACUGUUGUUGGGGCAUGUGUAUAUGUUACUGAUUCAACAAUACGGAGAAUGGUUGUUGGGUUGGACCAUUUCCAUUUAAGUGGGUGCUUGGCCUCAGUCAUUAUGAUACUGAGCCCAAAGCCAAAAUAGAAGGCCCACUUUUUGUACCAAUAGAAGUUCCUCACUGAAGUGGGGUGCUAUACUGGUCAAAGAUGUUGUAAGAGUCUCUCAUCUUGGUCCCUCCCAACUCCCAAGCAAUGCAGUAUUGGUUGUGUAUCCUGGAAAUGCUAUGAGACCGGUUUCACAAGACGAGAUGAUGAGGCAAGUCCGAUGGUCACUUGCAUUUCUGUGGUUUAUAUACAUGAUGCAGCAUACUCAGACAGAGUAGUAACCUUAUUGAAAUUGAGAAUUGAUUCACCUUUUUUCUAACUGAAGUAAUGGUACAAUGAUUUAGUACAGGUCUUCUUUUUUUCUUUUCUUAAUGCAUGGAAGUCGGUUUUCGCUAACCUAUCCGGCUAAUAGUUUUUCAUUGCACUAAUUCUGUCACCAUUCGCUCCUCCGAGGAUUCUGUUAUUUGCGGAGUCUGAGGUUGGCGAAUUUGCAUAGUAUUGUAACUCACUGACGAUGUAAUACACAAUUGUGAUUAUCUGUGAAUUUUAUUCCCACUCA